CUCUCUCUCUCUCUCUCUCUCUCUCUCUCUCUCUCUCUCUCUUCCUUGCUUGUUCAGUCGUUCGCUCAGUAGGUCCAACCUUUUUUUUUAUUUGAAGGUCCCUUCAUGCUCGCGGCUUUAGCAUCAGCACUCCCUCGAUGUAGGGUCGCCCCUAUCUUCCUUCCUCUCGGCUACCCUUCACGAUAUUAAACCCUGUAGGAUCCAGGGAUGUACAACGCGGAGCAUUUUCAUGGUUCCCGUUGGCGAAUAUAUUCUUGUCGUUAACCUUCAAGAACGUGAAGCAAAUUUAAGCUAUUCGUAAAUGCUUGCUUGUUGGGAAUAUAUUUUUAAACAAAUAGACCUCGUGUAGUCGUGUAUACAUGAGUGGUGUACACUGUCCCGUUGAAACUACUUACAUAGCGAUACUGUCAUCGUACUUUUACGUUUAAUGUCAAUCGAUAGCAUCAUUAUGUAGGAGAGGACAUAAGUUACGUGGUAUAAAAUUCGCAAUUCAAUGCACGCAGUGCACUUUCUCUUCGAUUAAGAAUGAUAUUAUACAGGUAAAAUAGACACUGACCGGGUCACAGUUUGCCCAUUGAUUCGAUCAAGUUAAAUCGCAUAAGGAAACCUACUUUGUACAUUGAAUAAACAUGGUCAAAUUCUCUCGUAUCACCAAAAGCACUCUCAUAGGCUAACAGAGAUAGUUGAGAAGAAAAACGGCGAGAAUAAAGUUAAAUUGUAUAGACCCACGUCGACAAAGUACUUAUCGACCGUAUCGUAGCAAGAGCAAUAGGCGCGGGGCACCGUGAUCGUAUCGGACGGUCGUGCGACGGGUCUACCCCCACCACGCGAUUCUCUGUCCCCACUCCGCGGGUACCUCCCCUACGAGUCUAGCGAGCCGCGUUUCGUCUCAGUCUGUCGCGCGCCGCCAACGGGUCUGGUUGUGUGUUUCGUUCACGGUGUGCGGUGGUGGUUGUUCACGGACGCGCGUGUGUGCGUGUGUGUGUGCCCCUGUGCGCGUUGGCGUGCGUACAUGCGUGUGCCUUCUACGGUGCCACAGUGUGUACGUGCGUCUGAUACUAUCAUCGUGGCCUCUGCUUUCAACCGUUCGCACACAGAAACGGUGUGACAUCGAGGCAUGACAGCAACGCGGGAGUGUUACCCCAUACGGUAGGAAAAACUUGGUUCUGCCGUGCUUCUUACGCCGACCGUCGAUCGUGUGCAACUCCGAACGUUGCCAGGUUCGAUACCUCGGAGGACUUCGCGCUGGGCGUGCACGUAAACAGGGGGCCAGAGAAAAUACGAGCCGAGCGAAAUUGCACGGUGAGGUUAACCUCGCCGUUUCUGCCUAUUCGACAACGACACGAACGAGGAAAAGAGAAGAGAUAUAUACGUGCUGGUGUCGUGAGAGCGAGAAGGUAAAAGGGGUUAGGAGUGGAAGGAAGGGUAGGAUAGGAUCGAAAGAGACAGAGCUCGAGGGGGAGGGAAUGAACGGCCCUGGGAGUCAUCAGCAUCGCGGCUUGGGCAUGCAGGGACGUUACAGGGGCGUAGUAAGCGGUGGCAACCCAACAGGGCCUCACUCGCGUCCACCAGCGCCACCUCACGGCCGCGGUGGAUGGCAUCCUCAUAAUCAGCACCCUCAGCACGCCCAGAUACCUCAGCAGUACAACAGCAACAAGGAAUAUCCGUAUCGACAGUGUCCACCACGCUUCCAUAACGGGGAUUGUCCUGGGGUUGGUACGUCUUCCGGGCCAAACGGUAAGGAAGUUUCGUAUCACGGGAACGUAGGCGGAUCCAGCGUGGGGUAUAAACCGCCUCCGCAACAUAGUCCGCAAUCGAGAGGGCCACCAGCACAUUUUCCACAAGAGUCGGUGGGCCCACCUGCCAAUUCUCCGCCAUUGCAUAUCAACAUCUGCGGCCAAGAGAACACGAUGCGUGGUCCAUUAUUGAACAUGAGUCCAGGCCUUGGAGCUAGCGGCGUCGAUAUGGAGUACCGUAGAAGUUCUCAAGUAACGACACGUUUUUCAGCCACAAAUCAGCUACCUCUGAGCCCUGUACAAAUUCAACCGUCGCCGCCAUAUUACAGACAGCCUAGUCAAGACGAUGGCAGAAAGAGCGAGUCCCCAUCCAGAAAGCGUCGCCGAAUAUCGCGUAACGGCGCUGUUUCCGGAAUAGAAGUCCGGGAGACAACACCUCCGUCGCCUACACCGUCGCUGCACACGACUCUACCAUCUAUAUCGUCCCUGCCAUCCCUGCCGACGCCACCGCCGUGGGAAUUCUCGCCAGCGCCUCAAAGACGAUCGCCUCGCAAUCACAUGUCCACUCGCGGCAGCCCGACGAUUAGAAAUCGUUAUCAGCGUUACACGGAUUCUUUCGGGCUGUCUCAUCCUUUUCUGCCCGGGCACAAUUCCCAUCCGACGAUUCACAGUUCUCAUCACGGGAUCCACGGUUCUCAUCACAACAUUCACAACUCCCACCACAACAUGCAUAACGCGCAUCAGACGCAUCCCCAUCAUCCAGCGGGCACUGGGCAUCACCCAGCGCAAGGAGCGAACGGCCCUGUGGUCGUCGACGUGGGGCAAGUCGGUGUUUCUGGGUUGGGGGUCGCCGUUAGCGGGGAACCGCUUUGGCAUCCUCCGACGACAGGUUACAGAAUUCCUUGUCAGCUGCACAGCAUAUACACGCCGCCUGCAGCGCACGCGUUCGCGCACUCGUGUCAGGUCACCCAUCACCACAGUCACUACUCACCAGCUCAUCCGACCCACCCGGGUCACCACAGUCUAGUUGGUUCGAUAGUUGGCGCUGCAUCCAGGGGAUAUCCAACGCCAGCCGGAGGUCCUGUUGCGGCUCUUCAUCACGCUCACGCGCCUCCGCCGCCCGUCCAUACUACUCAUUACACUGCACACCACCAACUUUCGCAACAGCGAGAAGUUGAACUAGAGUUAAUCGAAUCCCAUCACCAUCACCGAGACGGGGCUGCCGCCGGUGCCCCACUAUCGUUACCACAUUCGUACUCGCCACCAGCUCUUACUCAAGUCACGACACCACCUCCCAUGUUGCUGUCGGAGAACGUGAUAAACCGUCAUUUGGAGUUGUUACAGCACAGAACUCGACGUGCCGCGUCGAAUGUUCACACGCUCAGACGACCAAGGUCGAACAGAUGGAGAGGCACGCCCCCGUUACCACCAACAUCUUAUCCAGGAUUCUUGUUGCACUUCUUAGCGAUGUUCAGCAACCCGCCAUUAUCCCCGUACAGUCAAGCAGAGCUGUCGUCGCCCGAUUCGGUGACUGAGAAUUACGAGGCUCUGCUGUCUUUAGCGGAGAGACUUGGCGAGGCUAAACCACGAGGACUGACGCGUGCCGAGGUCGAACAACUGCCUUCGUAUAAAUUCAACGCUGAGACACACCAGGGAGACCAGACGAACUGCGUGGUCUGCAUGUGUGACUUCGAGGCCCUACAAUCGUUACGUGUUUUGCCGUGCUCUCACGAAUUUCACUCCAAGUGCAUCGACAAAUGGCUCAAAUCGAAUCGAACGUGUCCAAUAUGCCGUGGAGAUGCUGGAGAAUACUUUGGGAACAGUGGCACCGGUAGCGACUGACGCCGAGCUGCCCAAGUGCACUAGCGCCAACUGUCGCGAGUCUCAGGGACACUACUUCGCGCGGAGCUUCCAGCCGUCACGCUGCUGGUUUGUGCAAAUUUAUCUUGAUAAGCGUUCGCGCCCUUUUCUCUAGCCGGAUCGACGGAUGGGGCGUCUUUUUUCGUCAACGAUUGAAAGAUUAUCCAGCCCCAGAAAUCGUUCACGAAUAAACGUCGGCCUGCGUCAUUCUACGCGACGAGGAGGACCGUGGAAGAGCAACAGAGAAACAAAAAAAGUCCAUUCAGGGUAUGAGAUCAUGUCUGGUGUCGAGAGAAGGACCGUAACGAAUAAUAAAGGUACACGAUUUUAAAUUACAGCAUGCAAAAAAGAAUUUGUACGAGGCGAAUAACGGUUGCUGCGUUUAUUCCAUUGUUUUCUCUGGGGAAUAGAGAAAAAGUCGGAGAGAGAGAAAGAACGAAAGAGAGUAUGUAUGCGUAACGAUAAUAAGCAAUCAACCGAGAUUCGAGGAAAAACGAAGAUGUCCGAAGAAUAAUACCAAGCUACCCAAUACACGCAUUUCUCGUCAGGAUCGCAGAGAGUCUGACUACGUCCCGUUCGUUUGUUUGUUCAUUGUAGACGCUUACAAAUUCACGGAUCUAACGCUCGUUUGUUGUUUGUGUUUGCUAUACUUUUAUAUAUAUAUAUAUAAAUAUGUAUAGUGUCUCGGGUUUGUGUACAUAAUUACCUGUAUACCGCGAAAC